UUAAUCCAAAAUAAUAAAACCUUCCCGUGACCGCCUGAGUGAAGGCAAGGGCAGGUAAAAUUGCCCCAAAAUUAAAAUUUUGAUUUUACAAAUAGCCAAAGGCAAUAUAGCAAGGUAGCUCCUCGUUCUUCUCCUUCUUCCUUUGUUUUUCCAGCAAGCAAAGGCACAUUCACUUCCCCGCGCCGCCUUUGGAUCUUUUGUUCUAAUAUUCCUCUUUCCUUUUUCACUCUCUCUGUGUAAACCCCUUCUUACGUCUACCCAACGGUGUCUUUUUUCCAAUCUUAGUACGCCAGAAUGGGGAGACAGAAGGGUGAUGGAGCCAGGAGCAAGGCACGCCCUUCAAGCAGCAGCCUUGCGGCUUCUCUAUUGCCAUCGAGUUCGGCUGCCGCUGCCGCUUCCGUUGGAUUCGGAGGCUACGUCGGUAGCUCCCGCCUUGAUUCCUCUCUCUCCACCGAAGAUUCCAAUCCUCUUUUGGAUAUAGAUAGUGAAAUCGCACAACACUUAAAAAGGCUGGCACGGAAGGAUCCUACCACCAAGCUUAAAGCUCUGGCAUCUCUGUCUACUCUGCUCAAGCAAAAGUCUGGAAAGGAAAUAGUACCAAUCAUUCCACAAUGGGCAUUUGAAUACAAGAAGCUCUUGCUGGACUAUAAUCGAGAAGUUCGGCGAGCUACUCAUGAAACAAUGACUAAUCUUGUCACUGCUGUCGGGAGAGAUUUGGCACCGCAUUUGAAGUCCUUGAUGGGACCAUGGUGGUUCUCUCAAUUUGAUCCCAGUUCUGAAGUUUCACAAGCUGCUAAGCGUUCAUUACAGGCUGCCUUCCCUGCUCAGGAAAAGAGAUUAGAUGCUUUAAUCUUAUGCACAACUGAGAUUUUUAUGUAUUUGGAAGAAAAUUUGAAGCUUACUCCACAAAAUUUGUCUGAUAAAUCUGUUGCUUUGGAUGAGCUGCAAGAGAUGCACCAGCAGGUGAUAUCUUCUUCAUUGCUGGCUUUGGCAACACUUCUUGAUGUUUUGGUCUCCGUGCAAAUAGAAAGACCUGGUUUUGAAAAUUUAUCUGCUGAGCAAAAACGUGCUUCUAAGGCUAAGGCUACUGCAAUUUCUUUUGCAGAAAAGCUCUUCUCUGCUCAUAAAUAUUUUCUAGAGUUUUUGAAGUCUCAAAGCCCUGCUGUUCGGUCAGCUACAUACACAGUCUUAAAAAGUUUCAUUAACCACAUUCCUCAGGCUUUUGAUGGGGGAAAUAUGAAAACUCUUGCUACAGCAAUUCUCGGUGCUUUCCAGGAAAGAGAUCCUGCUUGUCAUUCUUCAAUGUGGGAUGCAAUAUUGUUAUUUUCAAAGAGAUUUCCUGACAGUUGGACUACCUUAAAUGUUCAGAAAUCUGUAUUUAACCGGUUUUGGUCUUUUAUAAGGAAUGGAUGCUUUGGAUCUCAGCAAGUUUCUUAUCCAGCACUGGUUCUAUUCUUAGAUUCUAUUCCUUCUAAGGCCUUCUCAGGAGACAAAUUUUUUCUUGAUUUUUUCCAUAACCUAUGGGCUGGAAGGAAUCCAGUUCAUUCUCCAAAUGUGGAUCGACUAGCAUUUUUCAGGGCAUUUAAAGAGUGUUUUUUUUGGGGAUUAUGUAAUGCUUCUAGAUUUUGUGACACUGUUGAUUCUGUCUCUCAUUUCCGGACCACCCUUAUUAAUGAUAUCCUUGUAAAGCUUCUAUGGCAAGACUACCUAUCAUCUGUGAGCUCAAAAGACCAGGAUAGUGAUCAGCCUCUCAGUGGAAAGGCAACAGAAAUGCAGAAUAUCAAGUAUCCGAUAAGUUAUCUUCAGGAGUUGGGAAAAUGCAUUGUUGAAAUUCUUUCUGGCAUUUAUUCACUGGAAGAGGACCUUCUCUCUUUGUUUUGUGUGGUGUUUCAAGAAGCUUGUGAGGAAUUGUUUCAGCAAAAAGCAACGACAGAACAGCAAACACUGAAUAUUGAACCAAUUAUAAAAUUUCUGUUCUUAGUGGAUCAACAUGCAAAGCAAAACGGUGAAUCUUGGCCUUUGUUGCAUUUAGUAGGGCCAAUGUUGGUCAAGUGUUUCCCAUUGGUCAGAUCACUUGAUUCAGCAGAUGGUGCAAGGCUACUAUCCAUUUCGGUUUCAAUAUUUGGAGCCCGAAAGGUACUCCAAGCAAUUUUUUCCAACAACAAUGCACCUUUUUGUGGUCCUACCUGUGAAAAGGACAGUGAAAUGAAGCUGGAGUAUUUUCUUCAAGUUUACAAGGAAACAUUUGUUCCUUGGUGUUUGCGUGGACAUAAUUGUACUACCAGUGCUCGACUAGAUCUGUUGCUUGCAUUGCUUGAUGAUGAGUGUUUCUCCGAGCAGUGGCGUGCUAUUAUUACAUACGCCAUUGACUUGGUAAAUUCUAAGAUUGACUCGGGCUCCAUGGACUCAAAUCACUUAGCAGUGUUGGGAAUGCUUUUUGACAAAGCAAGAAAUGAGAUUAGGAUAAGGAAAUUUGGAGAAGAUUCUUUUCAUCCGCCGGGUUCUCUCCCACAUCAUUGGCAUCAUGAGCUUCUUGAAGCAACUGCUGUUUCUGUUGCCUUUUCCCUUCCUCCUUUUGGAACUUCUGAUGCACAGUUUGUGUGUUCUGUUCUUGGGGGUGCAACCGAAGGCAAUCUAGAUUCAUUUGUCUCUAGGAAGUCAAUGACCCUGAUAUUCCGGGAAGUUUUGAGAAAGCUAGUUUCUUUUAUUCUGGAUUCAUCUUUUAGUUCUGUUAAGCAGGCAAGUGCUUUGUUUGAUUCUGAAGAGAAUUGCCUUGGAUUAGACAGCAAGAAUACUGGAAAUGUGGUCGAUAUGGCUCGUUUUGCUCUUCAAAUAGUUGAGGGUAGUUUGUUUUGCUUAAGGGCACUUGAUGAAGAAAGCGGCUUGGUUUCAAAUAUUUCAGCAGCUGUGUUUAUUAUUGACUGGGAGUAUAGGAUGAGUGUAGCAGUAGAGGAUGCUCUAGAUGAUGAGUCAAGGAAAAAGAUUAAGGCACGGAUGGAUAUUUGUGAAUCAGCACAUGGUUAUCUAUCCAAUAUCAGCAAUUUGUGGAAAAGCUUCAGCGGAGAUGUGAGAAAAGGAAUAAGGAGUAUCUUGAUUUGCACUAUUAGACUUGCUAUCUUCAGGGAAGAUAAACUAGACAACAAAAAUUUUGCGUCUUUGUGCUGCAUGAUGAUGACAGAUGUGCUUGAGCGUCUUUGUCAGGAUCAGUAUGAGGAACAAAACCUGUUGGAUCUUCUUCUAAGCAAGGGUCAUAUGUGGCCUUGGUGGAUCACACCUGACUUGAAUUCCAUGGAAGGACUGUCUAAAUCAGAUACUGAAAGAAUCUAUGCAAAUGGUAACUACAAGUUUGUUUCUUUAAUUGAUAAACUUAUUUAUAAACUUGGGUUGCAUAAAGUCAUUGCUUGUGAUGACCUGGACAUUUUACCCUUAUCAACCAAGGAUUCAGCAAAUACCAAGGUUACUUCUCGAGCUUGGGUUGCUGCUGAAGUACUGUGCACAUGGAAGUGGCCAGAAGGAAGUGCUGCAACCUCUUUCUUACCUCAACUAGUCUCGUUUGCCAAGAGUAGAAAUUAUUCUUCCUAUGGAAGCAUCUUGGAUUCCAUUUUCAGCAUUUUACUUGAUGGUGCUCUCAUUUAUGGUGAAAACUGUUCACAGAGUUUGCUUCAUGCAUGGCCCACUUUAGGUGAAGAUAUGGAGGAUAUUGAAGAGCCCUUUUUGAGAGGUCUUGUAUCUUUCCUUUUCACAUUGUUAAAAGAAAAUAUUUGGGGUCCAGAAAAGGCUAUGGCUCUGUUUCAGCUUCUAGUAGAUAAACUCUUUAUAGGUGAAGCAGUAAACUCAAAUUGUUUGAGGAUACUUCCUUCAAUUUUAUGUGUUCUUGUACCAACUUUAUGUCAAAGAAGUAUCAGGUCCAGUGAAUGUACUAAUAAGGAUGGUAAACCUGAUCCGCUCAAUGAAAAUCAGAUGCAGGAUGCUGUCAAAAGCUGGAUCCAUAGGAUUCUACUAUUUCCAUCUUUGGUCACAUGGCAAACUGGAGAAGAUAUGGAAGAAUGGUUCCACUUGGUCUUUUCAUGUUACCCUUUAAAGGCUACAGGAGGUAAUGAAAUAAUGAAACUGAAUAGAGACAUUGAUCAUGAGGAGAGAGUUCUCUUACUGAAUUUAUUUCGGAAGCAGAAGAAUGAAAGUGGUAGAUCAAUUGCUUCUAAUCAGUUGCCAAUGGUACAAAUCUUGCUGUCAAAGCUAAUGGUUAUUUGUCUUGGCUAUUGCUGGAGAGAAUUUGAUGAAGAAGAUUGGGAGUUUCUAUUUUUCCACCUAAGAUGCUGGAUUGAAUCAGCAGUGUUGGUGAUGGAGGAAGUUGCUGAAAAUGUGAACGAAAUAGUCACUGAACACUCUUCUUCUGAUAACGCUGAUCUUAUUCAUAAAAAACUUGAAGAGAGUGUGUUGAUUUCUGACAAUUCUCUUAUAAAUAUCAGUAAAAAUUCCGUCUUCUCAUUUUCUUUCCUUUGUGGGCUUUUGGAACUCCAACCAACAGAAGACACGGAUAAUUUGAACCCCUCAAGAACAGAAAGAUGGGAUCCAAUCAAAAACCAGAUUCUAGAAAGCAUUCUCCGCUUGUUCUUUUCCACUGGCAUUGCUGAGGCAAUAGCUGGUUCUUAUUCUUUUGAGGCUGCAUCUAUUAUAUCAGCUUCUCGAUUUUAUCAUAGGUCUUUCUGGGAAUCGGUUGCAUCAAGUGUCCUCAAAUCUCCUCCACAUACUAGAGAUGAAGCAGCCAAAUCAAUCAAACUCUGGGGACUAAGCAAAGGGCCUAUUUCCUCUUUGUAUGCCAUCCUAUUUUCUUCGAGGCCAAUGCCAUCUUUGCAGCUAGCUGCCUUUGCUGUUUUGUCAACAGAACCUGUUUCUAAGUUGGCUGUCUUUGGUGAAGGAAUUGCACCUUGCUCGGAAGUUGAUUCAAAUACCUACCAGGAGUCUAUUAAUCUUGAUCUUUCGCUAGAAGAGGAUAUCCAUUUGACAAAAGAAUUAUCUUACAUAAUUGAGAAAUUACCUUAUGAUGUUCUUGAUAUGGAUUUAGUGGCAGAGCAGCGGGUACAUCUAUUCCUUGCUUGGUCUUUAUUGUUAUCCCAUUUGUCAUCAUUACCUUCAUUAUCAAAUCCAAGGGAGAGACUGGUACAAUAUAUUCAAAAUUCUGCUAAUCCACUGAUACUAAAUUGCCUGUUCCAGCAUCUGCUUUCCGACCUAUCAUUAAUGCACGUUCUAAAGAAGAAAGAUGGGGAGCUUCCUAAUAUUAUAUCAGAAGCUGCAACUGCAGCCAAAUGCUCCAUCACGUCAGGGUCAGUAUUGUUUUCUGUGGAAUCACUUUGGCCUAUUGAUCCUGUGAAAAUGGCUGCAUUUGCUGGAGCGAUAUAUGGCCUUAUGCUUCGUUUGCUUCCUGCUUAUGUGUGGGGAUGGUUUAGUGAUUUACGUGAUCGCUCUACUUCAUCAAUGAUUGAAUCUUUUACUAGAACAUGGUGCAGUCCUCCUUUGGUUGCGAACGAGCUCUCCCUGAUAAAAACAGCGAAUUUUGCUGAUGAGAACUUUUCAGUAAGUGUGAGCAAAUCAGCAAAUGAGGUUGUUGCUACCUAUACAAAAGAUGAGACAGGAAUGGAUCUCAUUAUUCGUCUUCCUGCGUCUUACCCAUUACGGCCUGUAGAUGUUGACUGUAUGAGGAGCCUAGGGAUAAGUGAAGUGAAGCAAAGGAAGUGGUUAAUGUCUAUGAUGAUGUUUGUUCGUAAUCAGAAUGGAGCUUUAGCUGAAGCCAUACGAGUGUGGAAGCGUAAUUUUGACAAGGAAUUUGAAGGUGUUGAGGAGUGCCCUAUAUGUUACAGUGUUAUCCACACUGUGAACCACAGCCUUCCUCGUCUUGCUUGCAAGACUUGCAAGCACAAAUUUCAUGCAGCGUGCCUCUACAAGUGGUUCUCAACUUCUCACAAAUCUUCAUGCCCCUUAUGCCAGUCUCCGUUCUAACCUUGGAAGUCAAUUUUGAGUUAAUGGUUUUUUGUGGCAUUUUUGCUCCCUGGAUAUGUGAUGUGCACUUCAUUUGCAAAAAAGGUGUGAAUUAUGCUCACGGCAUAGGGCCUUAGAUCAUGUGGUCUGGUGUGCAAAGAUGAACAUGGUCGAUGUUAGUUCAGACUGGAGCUCAGGGGGGUGUACAUGGAACGAUAGGCAAGCUCUCUCUCACACUCCCCCUCUCUCAGAUACACAUGGCACACACGUGCGCACGCAGGUUUCGUAGGUUUGCUGAAUCAAGCUGGCUUCUGUUGUCGAGUAUUUUUGGUGAUUUUCAUCUGAUAUAUAACAUAUACAUGUUACAUAUAUGAGGAUUUAGUCUCCGUAUAUCAAUUGCUAUUAAAUCAUAAAUAGGAAAGUAGGAAAUCACAAGUUUUGAUAUUGGAUAUUAUCAUUUAUUUUCUUGUCAAGGGAAAAGAAAA